AUGGAAAGUGAAUUUCUUAACAAGGUGGAAAACAAUGCGGUUAUCCGAAUAUGGUCAGAAAGGUCACAACUCGAGAAAGGUGACAGUCUGACAAUGGGGUAUGCAUCAGAGUUAUGGGAUUACACUAGCAUCAAUGUGACUCAGAACAACCUUCAGGAGUUGAGAGAAAUUUGGGCUCAGUGGGAUGAUGAAGUCAAACAAUUGUUUUACUAUAAUUAUGGUGAUUUACCCUUCUUGCUUGAUAUCAGUGUAGAUGAACAUCUAUUUCGAGCUCUGGCCCAAUUUUGGAAUUCCGCUUAUAGCUGCUUCACAUUUGGGGAGGUGGACUUGAUGCCUACUGUGGAGGAGUAUACAACUUUGCUUCGUUGUCCAAGAGUCCAAGUGGAUAAAAUUUACUGUAGAGCUGCUAAUGUUUUGACUUUUACAAAGAAGUUAACAAGAAUUACCGGAAUGAGUGAGCAAUGGGUCACCGCACGAAUCAAGCAAAAGGGGGAAAACAGAUGUAUCACUUGGAGAAGUUUGCGAGAUCAGAUUUUGGCACACCCUGAUACGAAGAAGAAAGUCGAUGUUUUUGCUUUGAGUAUGUACGGGCUGGUUAUUUUUCCUAAAACGUUGGGGCAUAUAGAUGAAGCCGUUACUGAUUUGUUUGAUCAACUUGAUAGGAGGGUCACACCCGUUCCAGCAAUUUUAGCCGAAACGUUCAGAUCUUUGAGUGCCUGUCGAAGAACGGGGGAGGGAAGAUUCAUUGGUUGUGCACAACUCCUGUUAGUUUGGUUUCAUAGCCAUUUCUGGAAGGUGGAUAAAUUUUCUUAUCAAAUUUUCUCAGAAAAUUAUUCGCCUUUGAAGGAAUUAGCAGCGACACCAAGACGCGAUGACAUCACAGAGGAAAAGUGGAUGACGAUCCUGCAAAAUCUACGAGAUGAAGAUGUCGAAUGGAGAGCUUCUUGGAUGGUGCCCGAUGAGAUUUUGUACCGAUGUGGGGACUUUGACUGGGUCCCUCUGCUUGGAAUUUGGGGAGUUGUCGGAUAUGCCCCUCUGCUCGUGUUAAGACAAUAUAUGUCAAGACAGUUCGUACCAACAACACAAGGGCUAGCCGAGUGUGAGUUUUCUUAUAAAGGUAACAACUACAGGGGGAAAAUUCGAGAAAUGUGGAAUGCUUGGAAACAAAUUCACCGGAUAAGAAGAAUUACCGUAGGAGCAACAACAACUCCUGAGUAUCACGGGUGGCGGAGUAAUAGGAUCAAUGAUAACAUCUCAAGGCCCAGAGAAAAAUGUGGUUAUUCUAUAGAAGAGCAUUUACGAGUAGUCCCUUCAGAAUUAGAGAUCAUCAAACAAGACUUUGAAAAAAGAAGUUCAGAGUUUGGAAAGAGGAUAGAACAGCUAGAAGAGGAAAAGAUGCGUUUGGGACUAGAUGUUGAUAUCCACAGGUUGGAAGCGGAAAAGUUAAGAAAAGGGAAGAAUAAGGCGGAAGAGGAUUUAGACAGUUUAAAAAUGAAUUAUAAGAGGCUGCGUUUGUCAAUGCGAACUGCAGGUUUGGGAAAAACGUCGGAACAAUGGAAACAGGAAAUCAAUGAAGAAAAGACCAAAGCUGGUCAGUAG